AUGUGCCUCCUCUGUUUACGCAACCUCUCGGCUUCCAAUGAUCCCAGGGAAAUCCUCCGCCUUUGGGCCGAUUUCUGCCCGGGUUGCCCCCUCCUUCGCGCGGGCGGCACACCCACCACUGCACCUUGCAGUAGCCGCCUCACCCCGCUUCUCGUCCAAGAUAUCACGGCGGGGUUCAUCACACCCCUCUGCGCUCAUGAUUACUGCGCCUUUCCCGACCUCUUCCGUGUUGCCUUGCUUUUAGUCCCGAACGGCCGGUCGACCAAAGGCGCCGAUGUGCGUGCUGACCUGACCUUAGCCGCCAUGAGACGGUGGGAUUUGUAG